ACACACACACACACACACACACAGAGUACGAGCUGGUAUUAGGUAUAAUUAGACUGGUUGUUAUUGUUAGAUGAUGCUUUAUUUUAGCUUAGCAGUGUACCCAAACCUUUAUUCCUCGUAAGAAUAAAAACGACAAAACGCAUUGACAAAAACAUACAGUCCUGUCCCAUGCAAACACAGACACACGCCUGAUACUUAGUUUCACACACACCUUUCUUAAUGCAUUCAGACACAUUUUAACCGUUACCUGUCAGUUCACUAGCAAAGCCUCUCCACAGCUUUCUUCUACUCCCCAUUACUGAAAAGCAUAAAACUACCCCCACCUCGCACACAGUCAGAGACACAGGGCCUAUCCCCCUCCCUCCCUCUCUGGUUAGGAAGUUAUCCUGUCCCAGACCAGGGGCGGGAGAGAGGGGGGGACAGGAGAGAAAGACACAGACACACUGUGAUAGUUUUGGCACUUCAGACAUCUCUCUACACACUGUGCCCACAAGAUACCCUGCCACCAUUCCAUGGGUCACACCACAAGGGUACGAUGACAUCCUGAUAUGGAGUCACCCCUAGAACACCUAUACCAUCUCCGAAACUAUACCCACGGCAGGUCAGAUCCUUUACCUACAUACACGCACACAUCUAGCACAUAACCCAGCAUCCUAUAUACCUGUGCCCGCUAAAAUUAUAAGCACACACCCAACAGUCCUGCCGUCUCUGCAUGUACACAGUUAUUUCUGUAUAAGCAGCGCGUAUAUUACACACACAAAAAUUAUUACAUAUCUUUGUAGAGUCAACAUAGAUGAUCUGCAAAACGUAAGAAAAACCCAUUCACGUAGUGUCCAAACAACAUUCAAUACACAACAAGACAAGUAAUACGUUUAAGUUAUGCAUGCAUAUAGAAGUGUUUAGACAGAAAUUAUAGCAUGUAUACAAUGCACACAAACAUUUACAGUUGCACGUAGACGCCAGCACAGGAAGAGUAUUGAACAAUACACAGCGUAAAAUAUAUAUCUUCGAUGUAUACUCGGGAAAUGCUGGUCACACUCUGGGUUUUGCCGCUGUGCCUAUUGGCACAGAAUACGUUGCCAAACUCCAAUAAGGACCAUUUCGGCAUCUGCCCCAACCAACUGAAUGCCAAUCUUUGGGUGGACGCUCAAAGCACCUGCGAGAGGGAGUGCAAGUCCGACCAGGACUGCGAGGCGUUUGAGAAAUGUUGCACUAAUGUGUGCGGACAGCAGAGUUGCGUGGCUGCACGGUACCCAGAUUCAGGAAUGCCUGCUCCAGGUACUUCUCAUCCAGCUACUUGUGCUGGGUUUAUUUGCACCCAGCAAGGCUCAGACUGCGAAAUGUGGGAAGGGCGGCCCAUUUGCCGUUGCCGAGAGCGCUGCGGAAAACAGCCAAGUUUUACUUGUGCCUCUGAUGGUCUUACCUACUAUAACCGCUGUUACAUGGAUGCAGAGGCCUGUGCCAGGGGUAUUAGCCUGGCAGAAGUUCCCUGUAAAUUUGUCUCAUCAUGGCCCCUGACAAGCGCAGCCCCAUCUGAGACUACACAACAGCCUACUCCUCCUUCAACUCCAGUGGAACUACCAAUGCCACCUGCCUUGUACCAUGCACCAGCACCUCAGUCUGUGACCAUGGGGGGCACUGUGGGCUUGCAGUGUGAGUGCAGUGGGAGGCCCCAGCCUGAGAUUUUUUGGGAAAAGAUGGGUGAUGGUCCGUCUGUUCCUCUAAUGCGGCCAGACCAAAUGUAUGGAAAUCUAGUGGUCACAAACUCUGGACAGCUAGUCAUUUAUAAUGCCCGACCUGAAGAUGCUGGAAUCUAUGUCUGCAUGGCCCGUAACUCUGCAGGAAUUCUCCACGCUAAUUUCCCUCUCUCUGUCCUGAGGAAAGACACAAAUCCCACAAACCUUCCCCAAAUACAUUUAGGAUACCUGUCUGAAUGCCAAAAACUCCCAGAACGCAAUGACUGCCAGGGACCUCAUGUCCUGCGUUGGACGUACUAUGCCCAAAGUGGUGACUGCAAGACCUUCCUUCAUAGAUGGUGUCCUGGUAUGUCCAAUAGUUUUCAGACGUAUGAAGAGUGCAGGACAAUGUGCCAGGUGGCACCUUCUGACCCUUGCACACUGCCACCGGUCAGAGGUCCAUGCAAAACACCAGAGGUGAGAUGGGCAUAUAGUGCCCUAAUGCGCCAGUGUUUUUCCUUCAUUUAUGGUGGAUGCCAGAGCAAUCAGAACAACUUUGAAAGCAAAGAUGCCUGUGAAGAUCACUGCCCCCUUCCAAGAGCCAAGCAGUGCCAAGGAUGCCAUCUGCGAGGAAGGUUGGUGCCCAGCUUGUGCCGUAGUGACUUUGUAAUUGUUGGCAGGUUGGAGGAUUCAGGUGAAGAACAUGUGCUCAAAGUUGCCAUAAAUGAGGUGCUGAAGGAUGACUACAUGGGUCUUCAUUUGUUUCAUACAAACUAUCUGGAAGUAACCCUUGGAGAUAGUGGAGGAGACUGUCCGUGUGCUGGUCUUGUCGGGGAUGGACAGCUUUUAAUCAUGGGGGAGGUCCAGGAUGGUAUGGCCUUACUGGGAACUUCUAGCUACGUCCGUCCAGCCAAUGACAAAAGGCUGAAGAAGGUGCGAGAGAUGUUGGAGAAAGGAACAUGUCAAAUGCUUAAUAGAUUUCAAGACUGAUAUACAAGAACAGGUGUACAGUGGGGUACACCCUCUUCUUAAAUAAUUCAUGAAUAUCUAUCAUCUUAUUUCAGGCCUACAAUCUGAAAACACAAUAACAGAUUCCCUUUUUUUUUUUUUUUUUUUUUAAAUCUGAAAGGUUUUCUGUUUUUUCUUCCAAUAUGCUCUGUUUUUUUUUAAUGAUUAUACAUUGUUUAUCCUGUUUGUUUAAAUUAUGGAAAUAAAACAGUGCUUCCUAUAAAUCUCUGAUUACUACGGCUUAGAAACUUAUUUGGAUAAUAUUGCU